UUACCGUAGAAACCUUUUGUCGCUUUUAAGCAGAAAAAUCAUGGAAGUUGCAUCUUCACACAAGCUAUAAGAAGAAAGAAACUAAUUAAACGCUUGACAGUCGACAUGCGCUUUUAUUAUCCUUGUAUUUGAAAUACAAAACGUUUUUUUCCAAGCCGAUAAGCGAAAUGGGUUCAUCCGGAGAUGAAACGAACCAAGAACUGAAGCGUCUGGUCGCAGACACCCGAGAAAAAUCUGAAAACAAGUUUAACGACGUACUUUCAAAAUUAAAAGAUCUUGUAGGCAGGAAGUCUUUAGGAGAUCAGAGGGAUCUGGAGGCAUGCAAACAGUGUCUUUACUCUCAUGGUGUGCUGCAGUACUGCUCAUCUUCCCUGAGAUUCAGUCCAGCCAAGAUUCAAGGUGGCUAUGCAGUUCUGACACAGAUGGCAGACCUCCUCAGCACGUGCUGUGUGGGUCUAGGUGCUUUCAGAGACAUGGAGGUGUUCAGUCAUGAAUUUCUGCCAUCUGUGGUGGAAAGCCUUCUUUAUCUUGCAGAACGUCUAAUGAACAGAGCAUUGCGGGACAAGGUACAUAAUGAGAUGAUUCGUUUAUUUAGAAAAGUCUUUGAAUCGAUUGGCUGGCUCCUCAGGGCUCAUAUACAUCUCAUUCAUCAAGUACUGAGAUCUAAACAUUAUGAGAGCAUCCAGAUCUGUGAAGACGAUGAUGUCUCCAUUGUUACUGUCACCUUCUGGAACAAUAUCUUCAGGGCAAAUGGUGCUGUUGUAGCUGAAAUGGGAAACAGGGCUCUGACUGACAUCAUGGAUGAUAUUGUGUAUAAAAUGUCUAGCAGCUCAAAUCCUGUGAUUGGCAGAGCGGCUGUAAAGACCCUUGUUCUGAUUAUGGAUCACAGCAGGUCAACCCAUCAGCUCAUUCACAGGCGAUACAGAGGGUUAGCUGAUUUGGCUGUGAAAGACUGGCGUGGCAAAGGCUUCGACUCUAUAUUGGAUCAGCUUAUUGACCACUUGCGUUCAGACGUCCCAUGGAGAGACACUAAGGAGCCAUCUGAGGAAUAUGUGAGAGCAGCUUGUAUUAUCCAGGCAGCCUGGAGAGCCCAUCAGACAAGAAAAAGACUGAGGAAACUCCCCAGAGCAGUCAGCACAUUACAGCGCAGCUUCAGGGAAAAGCGCAGACGACAACAGGAACACACCGAGAGACAACGUGCAGAAGAAGAACUACGUCAUCAAGUGUGUCUGAGAAGACAAAGAGCAAUGAGACAGUUCCGCCAACACCAGCUGCAUCUGAUGGAGCUACUACCAGCUGCCCAGGUGGAGAAAUACCUGGGGGAGCUGGAGAACAAGGCAGCCAUGCUGAUUCAGAGAGUGUGGAGAGGACACAGAGAGAGACGCAACUUCCAGCAGCACAGAUACAUUCUCAGACAGCACAGAGCUGCUGUCAUCCUACAGAGAGCUAUUCUGAGUUUUUUAAAACGUCGUAAAGCACAAAGGAAUUUUCUCACGCCAUUAAAAGGACCCAAAGGACUGACUGACAGUAGACGAACGGAGCUCAGGCAACACAUACAGGAGCACAUCUCUCUAUAUCCUUCAUCUGUGACGUCAGCAGAGGGCAGUGUGGAGCUCCAUCAGAGAGCCCAGAGUCUCCUGCACCAGCACCUGAUCAACAGAGCGUCUGAUCGGGCACAAGAGCAGCACACACAGGCUUUACUGGCACAGAUCAACACAGACUUGGAGCUUUUACUAAAUGCGCCAUCCCUGAAGGAUGCCAGAGCGGAGGAUGUGAGUCUGUUCCUGAGUCGUUCCUGCCCUGUGGCCACACGCGCACGUCAAUCCCACAAUGCCUUGAUGCAGAGCAUGCGUCUCCCGUGGUGGAGGAUGCUUGGAGAUGAGUUCUCCAACCUAGACGAGCCUCCCAGGAAAGAGUAUGACAUGGACAUUGAGUCACUGUAUCUAGGCGGCAGCUAACAGAUGAUGAAACUCAAACUUUAUUUGCAAUAUAUCAACAAGAAAGAAUGGUACAUUUGAACAGGUUUUAUGGCACAUUAGGGCUUCCAAUAUGAUUUAAGAGCAAUAUGAUUACAAAUAACAGAACAAGUACAGUGAAGCUGAAGUCCUUUAGCUACAUAAAUACUAAAACAUUCAUUUAUGCCAUCUAACAGAAUGUUUUAUACUUAUAAAAUGUUUAUUAUUAAAGGGAUAGUUCACCCAAAAAAAUUUAAAUUCUAUUAUUAGUCUUCCUUAAGUUAUUCCAAGCUGGUAUAAUUGAUUUUUUUCUGUGAAAAGCAAAAUAAGAUAUUUGAAGAAUACUGGUACACCAUUGGACAAAACAAACAAACAAACAAAAAAACAACAACUGAGAUUUAAGUACAUUUUCAUUUUUUUUGGUGAACUGUCCCUUUUAAAAACUGCACAACAAUACAGGCACUGUCUUGUACAUGAGUUCUUGUCUUUUUUUUUUAAUUAAACAUUUCAGGUACAUAGUACACAAGCAGUCAGGUUUAAGACUAUUGUAGUCACUUUUUUCACAUCAUAUUAAGGGCUAGUUGUUUUAUUUAUUUAUUUGUUUAUUUAUUUAGGAUGUUAGGGUCAGGUAUCUUUGGAACUUUUUUCCUUGUUUUCCAAGUUUACCUCUUGCAAUUCUGACUUUUUUUUUUUUUUUUCAGAAUUGCAAGAUGUAAACUUGAAAUUGUGAUUUAUAAAGUCCAGGGGCCGGUUGUAUAAAAGGUUUGACUAGUCUUAAAAGUUGGUCAUCUAAUUUUUUUCUUUAAGACUCGUCAGAAUGUUUAAAAUUCGGUUACAUAAAAACUUAGAUUAGUCUAAGCUGAAUCCUAAAUAUCAGACCGAUUACCCCUUGGUUAACUGCUAGUUGGUCAGACUAGUUCUGAAGACUAAGUUAAUGCAACUGGCCCCAAUUCUGAGGGGAAAAAAGACUGAUAUUUUCUCAUAAUCUCAAUUUUGAGUUAAUAACUAGCAAUUGCGUGUUUUAAAGUCAGAAUUUUGAGAUAUAAACUUGCAAUCUCGAGGACAAAUUGUGAGAUAAAAAGUCACAAUUUUUUUUUUAUUCAGUGGUGGAAACAGGCUUCCAUAGGUAUCAGCUGUGUAAUUUAGUUGUUUUUUUAUUCAAAAUUUAUUUUUAUAUUUUUCAACAUUUUAAAGGCUUAAAAUGCGAUUGGUCAUUACAUACGAAAAAUAAGGACUAAUAUGAAAAAAGAAAAUAAACGAGAUCAGGGGAUUAAGAAAAUAAAAUUAAGAGCAUUUUCUCUGUCCUUUUCUGAAGUUGUUGAAACACAGUGCAUGUGUCUGUUUAGAUGUGUGCGUGUGUAUGUGUGAGAGAGAGAGCGAGAGUCUGCUGCAUGCCCAUAGUGGCCUAAACUCAUGCCAAGGGCCCAUUCACUGGACAGCCGUCAUUAUUUUUUACACUCAUGUGAAAACAACAGAGUGGUCCACUCCACGGGCACGAUUAAAAUAACAUUUUCAAGAGCGGAAAAAUAUGAUGGGGGAAUAAUUGUCUUCUCUUUAUGCAGCAUUUUAAAACUGCGGGUAAGUGAGGCCUGCUUUUGGAGGAAGCAGAGCUGUGUGUGUGCGCUUGUGUGAAAGCGACUGUAAUGUGUUUGUGUUUCUCUCUGAAAGUGUGAAUGCAUUGAAUAUGUGUGUGUGUGAGAGAGAGAAAGAGAUUGUGAAUGAAUGUGUGUGCUGUUGUGGAGGUAAAAAGUCCAGGUAAGAGCGAACUCACUGUGCCUGCCAAAACACUGACUUGUUCCA